CAAGUUGGAAUUCUUCACAGCCCAUGGUGACCUACAUUUUCAAAAUAGUCUCAUUCAAAUCUCAGGAGGUUCCGUCGUUAGUGUAUGUUUGGUUUUAGUUCUUUGAUAUCGGUUUACAGUAGAAGUAGACAAGGAUGGUCUUUGUCCUGACGCUUUAGUGCUUCUGCUAUAGUGACAUGGAUGCACUUCAAACCUGUGUGGUACUCAAAUUCAUUAGAUGAAAUGCUGAGAUUCAUGAUGAAAUGGAGCAAGAUUUUGUUUAAAACAGCCAAAUUGCUCUGACAAACAGUGGUUGAUGAGAUAUUCCCCGAUACCGCCACUUAACAGCCGUUUUCGUGCAACAUAGGGUAGACUGUCACUAUAGCAGAUGCACUAUAACGUCAGGACAAAGACCAUCCUUGUCUACUGCUACUGUAAACCGGUAUCAAAGAACUAAAAAUCAAAUAUACACUAAGUUGUAAUAAAGCGGUUAUUUACGGUUACAGUUAACCGUUCGAUCGAUUAUUUAAGGUUACGGUUAUGGCCGGUUACGAUUAACCAUAACCGUUACAUGCCUAUGUACUAUUACUAUCUUAUCAUUCUUUGAGUCUCUUUUUAAUUCGCUUGGUUCUAUUUUAGUGGUGAUUCAACAACAUCCGUUUUAUGCGAAUAUACUCUAAAAGACAUUGAUCAUGUUCUGGAAGGAACAUUCAAAGAAGCUGAUUCAUCCAGUUUUUGGCGUGAGUUACCGCGAGAUCAUAUGCCCGAAGGUGUACCAAAAAAUUGUGAUUCGAAUCAAAAUUUAUCUGAUACCGUCUUGAGCUUUCUUCGUUCUCAUGUCUUGAUGCACGGUAAUAUUUAUAGUCGUCCACCAUUUCAAAUUGUCUUUCAAACAUUUAAUAUGAAUAUAACAAAAUUAGUUAGUGAUUAUAUCAGUAUAACGACAGGGAAUGAUGCUGGAGAACAAUUAACUUUGUUAUAUGUUGGUACAUCAGAUGGAAAAAUACUAAAACUGUUACAGAAGAAGAAAACCGAAAAAUAUCGAUGGCUUUCAACAUGGUUAAUUGAUGAUAAAAAAACUCCAAUUAGAGAUAUGAUUAUAGCCGAAGAUACGAAGCAAUUGUAUGUGUCAACAGAUGCUGGUGUUUAUCAAUUAUCUGUUGGCCAAUGUAAUCGUUAUACCAUAUGUAUGGAAUGUGAACGUGAUCCAUUGUGUCGUUAUGAUGUACAGCAUAAUCGUUGUGUUGAAUCAGAUGAUGGCCCAAAAUCUUCUGCUCGACAUUCACCUGAAUUAUGGUGUAAGAAAUCUGUUCAACGACCAGCAAAAGUAUUUCAAUUAAUACGUAAAGUAGGUGAAACUAUUUGGCUUCAAUGUGAUGUCAAUGAACAUUUGCGUCCAAAUAUUGAAUGGCGUUGGAAUGGACAAAAUAUUCAAGAAUCAAUGAAUAAUAAUUAUCUUUUAACAAAAGAACAAAAUUUGAUCAUAAUUGGAAUGAAUACAUCUUUAAAUGGACAGUAUACAUGUUUUGUGUUUAAUCAACCAAUUGUAUCAUAUGCAUUAGAUACUGAUGGAGAGUCACUUAAUUCAUUUGGUUAUGGUUCGAGUUCCGUUAGUACCACAUUAUCAAAACGCGAUUGUACAUGUAUAACUGCCGAAAAAUAUAUUGAAAAAUAUAAUGAUUGGUGUAAAGAAUUUGAAAAUUAUCAACGAGCUUAUAAUGAAUGGGAAAUAUUACGUGAUCAAAGUUGUCCAAAGCCUUGA